CCUCUUGUUCAUGUUUCUUUUCCCUUUCAAGGUGGCGAUUCCCUGCUCUGUGCACGUCCCCCCCGGCCAGGCUCCUGAAAGUUCCACCCCACCUGCUGCUCUCCGCUGUGACAAGCCUUCAAGGCCCCUGGUCCUGAGUCCAGCCAUGGAGGACAGCCAUGAACUGGACCUUACCUAUGUCACGGAGCGGAUCAUCGCAGUGUCCUUCCCUGCCGGUUGCUCAGAGGAGUCCUACUUGCACAGCCUGCAGGAAGUCACACGCAUGCUCAAGUCGAAGCAUGGGGACAACUACCUGGUAUUAAACCUUUCAGAGAGGAGAUAUGACCUUACAAAGCUUAAUCCAAAGAUCAUGGAUGUGGGCUGGCCUGAGCUGCAUGCACCACCUCUUGACAGGAUGUGUACCAUAUGUAAAGCCCAGGAGUCCUGGCUGAACAGUGACCCCCAGCAUGUGGUCGUCAUCCACUGCAGGGGUGGUAAAGGACGCAUCGGACUGGUCAUAUCAUCCUACAUGCACUUCACCAAUGUCUCAGCCAGUGCUGACCAGGCCCUGGACAGGUUUGCAAUGAAGAAGUUUUAUGAUGACAAGGUCUCAGCUUUAAUGGAGCCCUCCCAGAAGAGGUAUGUGCAGUUUCUCAGCGGGCUGCUGUCUGGGGCGAUGAAGAUGAACGCUUCACCCUUGUUCCUGCACUUCAUCAUCCUGCAUGGUGUCCCCAGUUUUGACACUGGAGGAGCGUGCCGGCCUUUUCUGAAGCUCUACCAAGCCAUGCAGCCUGUGUACACGUCUGGGAUCUACAACGUUGGCCCUGAAAACCCCAGCAGGAUCCGCAUUGCCAUAGAGCCAGCCCAGCUGCUGAAGGGCGACAUCAUGGUCAAGUGCUAUCACAAGAAGUUCCGCUCGGCCACCCGUGACGUCAUUUUCCGCCUGCAGUUCCACACCGGAGCUGUGCAGGGCUACGGACUGCUGUUUGGGAAAGAGGAGCUGGACAGUGCCUGCAAAGAUGACCGUUUUCCUGACUACGGCAAGAUUGAAUUGGUCUUCUCGGCCACACCCGAGAAGAUUCAAGGAUCGGAGCAUCUGUACAGUGACCAGGGAGUGAUGGUGGACUACAACACAGCGGACCCACUGAUUCGGUGGGACUCCUACGAGAACAUGAGUGCCGAUGGAGAAGUGCUGCACACACAGGGCCCAGUGGACGGAAGCCUGUAUGCCAAGGUGAGGAAAAAGAGUGCCUCAGAUUCUGGCAUCCCUGGCAGCCCUCAGGGCAUGCCAGCCACCAGCAGUCCAGACCACGGUGACCACACCCUGUCAGUCAGCAGUGACUCGGGUCACUCUACCGCCUCGGCCAGGACCGAUAAGACAGAAGAGCGCCCAACCCCAGGAGCACAGAGGGGCCUGAGCCCUCAGGAGAAGGCUGAGCUGGACCAGCUACUCAGUGGAUUUGGCCUGGAAGACUCUUCGAGCUCCCACAAAGACAUGACUGAUGUGCGCAGCAAGUACAGUGGGACGCGCCACGUGGUGCCGGCCCAGGUCCAUGUGAAUGGAGACACUGCCCUAAAGGACCGAGAGACUGACAUUCUAGAUGAUGAGAUGCCCCACCAUGAUCUGCACAGUGUGGACAGUCUGGGUACUCUCUCCUCCUCUGAAGGGCCACAGUCAGCACACCUGGGCCCCUUCACCUGCCUCAAGAGCAGCCAGAACUCCCUCUUGUCUGAUGGCUUUGGCAAUGGUGUUGGUGAAGAUCACCACAGUGCCCUUUCUCCAGACCUAGGCCUCGGUGUGGACUCCCUUUAUGACCGGGAGCGGAUGUGUGGGGGCCGAGAGCCAAAACAGCUGCAGCCCCUGCUGAGGAAGCCCUCUGCACCCACCCCUCCACAGGCCUAUGGGCAAAGCAACUAUUCUACCCAGACGUGGGUGCGUCAGCAGCAGAUGGUGGCUGCUCACCAGUACAGCUUUGCCCCAGAUGGGGAGGCCAGGCUGGGCAGCCAUAGUACGGUGGACAGUGCUAACCUUGCCCAGCCCCAACCCCACAUCCCAGUCACUCCCACUCGUGGAGCCAGCAGCAGAGUGCCCAUUCAAAGAGGCCCACUCAGCAAUGGGCCAAAUGCCCAUGACACACAGCCACUCUGUCCUGGUAAAGCACUCCAGCCCAGAUUUGCAGAGGACAAAGCCGUGAAUGGAGUCCAUCAGGAGCUGAACACUGGUCAUUCCCCAGGCUCUCCCACUCUGGAUAUUGACCAGUCCAUUGAGCAACUUAACAGGCUGAUCUUGGAGCUGGACCCCACCUUCGAGCCCAUCCCCACACACAUGAAUGCCCUGGGCAUCUCAGCCAAUGGCUCUGUGUGUCCUGAUGGUGUGGGAAGUAGGCUCCGGUGUGGCGGCAGGCUGGACCCUGUGGAAGUCCCUGGCCGGAGCCCUGGCCGACAAGGUGAUGAGUCCAUCGGGGGACGGCUCCGGAAGCUGAGCCUCGGGCAGUAUGACAAUGAUGCCGGGAGCCAGGUGUCCUUCUCUAAGUGUGGCUGGGGAAAGGCCAGUGUGGACCCAGCCCCAAGUCUGGGACCAUUUUCCUCUCCUGCAGACAUCAAAGAGACGAUGAUCACUGCCUAUCCCCCUGACCUCGAUGUGAUCGAUGGCAGGAUUUCACACAGCAAGGAGUCUAUGUGUCUGACCCCAGCAUUCCCUGUGUCACCAGAAACUCCGUAUGUGAAAACAUCCCCACGCUACCCUCCGUUCAGCCCACCUGAGCCCCAGCUCAGCAGCAAAGGAGGACGCGAACCACGAGGCUGCCCAGAGAUUAUCAGCCACACUGUGGGGAUGUCAGAGAGCCCCAUUGGACCCAAACCCACCAUGCUUCGGGCUGAUAUGCCUGCAACACCCAACUUUCAGCAGAUGUUUGCAUCUUCCUGCACAGUUUCAAGCAAUGGACCUGGCCAGAGGAGAGAGAGCCCGCCUUCUGCAGAACGCCAGUGGGUGGAGAGCAGCCCCAAGUCCACCCUAACCCUCCUGGGGAGCAACCACCCUUCUGAAAGUUCUCUUGGCACCCGCGAGUUCUGCAGCUCUGGCAAGGACUCGCCAGGGCUGCCCUGCUUCCAGUCCUCGGAGCUCCAGGCCUCCUUCCACAGCCACGAGCUGUCCAUGUCAGAGCCCCAGGAUGCUCUGCCCGCUGCGGGCGGUCAAGCCUUCUUAGGCUUCAACACUGCUCAGGUAGCAAGUGGCCUUCCACCUGGCGAGGACCCCAGUGCCCUGCUGGUCAAUUCCCAUGGCCCGUCACUGGCUCCUGGAGCCCCACUGACAACAGCGGGGGCUGCUGACAAUGGCUUCCUGGCCCACAACUUUCUCACGGUGUCGCCUGGACUCAGCAGCCACCACAGUCCAGGCCUGCAGAACCAGGGGGUAAGCCUGCCUGGGCAGCCACCCCUCCCUGAGAAGAAGAGAGCCUCAGAGGGUGAUCGUUCUUUGGGCUCAGUCUCCCCUUCCUCCAGUGGCUUCUCCAGCCCCCACAGCGGGAGUACCAUGAGCAUCCCCUUCCCGAACGUCCUUCCAGACUUCUGCAAGCCUUCAGAAGUGGCCUCACCUUUGCCAGAUAGCCCGAAUGAUAAGCUCGUGAUUGUGAAAUUUGUUCAAGACACUUCCAAGUUCUGGUACAAGGCAGAUAUCUCCAGAGAACAAGCCAUUGCCAUGUUGAAGGACAAAGCUCCCGGGUCAUUCAUCGUGAGGGACAGUCACUCCUUCCGCGGGGCCUACGGCCUGGCCAUGAAAGUGGCCACACCCCCUCCUUCUGUCUUGCACCUGAACAAGAAAGCUGGAGAUUUGUCUAAUGAGCUUGUCCGGCAUUUCUUGAUUGAGUGUACCCCAAAGGGAGUGCGGUUGAAAGGGUGCUCGAAUGAACCAUAUUUUGGGAGCCUGACAGCUUUGGUGUGCCAGCAUUCCAUUACGCCCUUGGCUUUGCCCUGCAAGCUACUCAUUCCAGAGAGAGAUCCACUGGAGGAGAUAGCAGAAAACUCUCCCCAGACGGCCGCCAACUCGGCAGCCGAGCUGCUGAAGCAGGGGGCAGCCUGCAACGUGUGGUACUUGAACUCUGUGGAAAUGGAGUCCCUCACGGGUCACCAGGCAGUCCAGAAAGCCCUGAGUAUGACCCUGGUUCAAGAGCCUCCUCCAGUGUCCACAGUGGUACACUUCAAGGUGUCAGCCCAGGGCAUCACCCUGACUGACAACCAGAGAAAGCUCUUCUUCCGGAGGCAUUACCCUGUGAGCAGUGUGAUUUUCUGUGCUUUGGACCCACAAGACAGAAAGUGGAUCAAAGAUGGCCCUUCCUCCAAAGUCUUUGGAUUCGUGGCCAGGAAGCAGGGCAGUGCUACAGACAACGUAUGCCACCUGUUUGCAGAGCACGACCCCGAGCAGCCUGCCAGCGCCAUUGUCAACUUUGUGUCAAAGGUCAUGAUCGGCUCCCCUAAGAAGAUCUAAGCCCCUCCUAGCCAAACCCACCAGGUGCCUCCUAGGGCCCUCGAAAUGGCAGUGGGGUGAGGCGGGGCCCCCAUUUGUACCAGACUGACAAUCCUCACAUUCCAGACCCGAGAGAGGAGAAUAUGGCAGCUCUUCAAACCAGGAACAAACAAUGUCACCACAGAUUGGCCUUUCCUGAGAGUGACUUCUCACCCAACACACUUAUAUAGUCAAGCGCGUUUUGAGUAGAAGGAUCUUGGGCCAGGGAAUGCCUCCCCAGGGUCCCAUGGACAAGGGCUGUACAAGAAGAGAAUAUAGAAGACAAGGCGGCUCUGAGUCCCUGGCUCACUAGCAUCUGUGUGGAUGAAGGGCACCCAGCCUGCUUGGCAGGGACUGAGUAACCAUGGUGCCCCACUUGUCAGCAGAAGCGCUCUGU